AUGACGGAGAUCGUGGAUCUCCUAAGAUGGCGGAGACGGGAAAAAAGGGAGCUUCCCACCGUGCCGGCUAAUGCGAGUGCAGCUGUGAAGUUGCGAGGGAGAGAACAGAUGGGGAGGGUGAUCGUUACCCUCAGAGGUAUGAGACAAAACAAGCAAAAAAUUAUCUGUCGGCGAAAAGACCGACCGAUCGAAAUGGCGCCAGAACAAAAGGAAGAGAAAGAAAGGGGAAAUAAAAAAAACCCUCAAGCGAAGG